AAGAAGAAGAGAAAUCUCAAGCCACCUGUGACAUCAAGAUCAAGAGCAGCCCAGUGUUUAGUGUUUACAUCUUGACCCUCGGAGCAGCGCUAGGUUGUUAAGGAGCUUCUCUUACCCGCUCCCCUGCAUCCCCUGGUCCUUUACUUUGUCCUGCAGCCUCGCCAGAAGGUGUGAAGAUGGCAGACUCCAAAGAAGAUGCAGGCAAGACAGAGGCACCCAAGGCGGCAUGUAAAGGCAGCUCAUCAACUCCAGCUGAAGGAGGAACAAAGUCUAAGGCGCUUGAGGGAGCCAUCGGGGGAAUGAGAGACCCCAGCAAGAGGAGUGAGGAGGAAGACAGCGGUGAGGAAGAUGACCAUGAAGACGACUUGGACGAUGAUGGCAAUGACGACGAGAAGGAUGAGGAGGACCAAGAAGGGUUCAUGAGUAUGUUACAGAACUUUCUAAUGAGCAAAUUGGACCUUGGUGGCCAUGGGGAGGCUGAAAAGGUCUUGGAGGAGGUGAGUGUGGAAGGAGUAGUGAAGUACAUUAAAAGUGGGCAGUGCAAGAACAUCAUCACCAUGGCUGGCGCAGGCAUCUCCACGUCUGCAGGUAUCCCAGACUUUCGCUCGCCAGGCACGGGUUUAUACAAUAACCUCGAGAAAUAUAACUUGCCCUUCCCAGAGGCCAUAUUUGACAUUGAAUUCUUCAAAAGCAACCCAAAACCUUUCUUUGUCCUGGCCAAAGACCUGUACCCCGGCGCCUUCAACCCCACGCCCUCCCACUGGUUCAUUCGCCUCCUCCACGAGAAGGGGCUCCUCCUGCGUCACUAUACCCAGAAUAUUGACACACUGGAGCACGUUGCCGGCCUGCCCGCUGACAAGGUGGUGGAGGCACAUGGCACCUUCCGCACUUCCCACUGCAUCGCCUGCCACAAGGAGUACAGCCAAGAGUGGAUGAAAGAGGAAAUCUUCAAGGACAACAUUCCCACGUGUACGGAAUGCAGCGGCCUCGUCAAGCCGGAUAUUGUGUUCUUCCGUGAAAACCUUCCAACCAGAUUCUUCCAGUUGAUGCAGACAGACUUCCCCGAGUGUGACCUGCUGCUGAUCAUGGGCACCUCCCUCACAGUGCAGCCCUUUGCCAUGCUCAUCAACAAUGUGCCAUCCACGUGUCCACGGCUUCUCAUAAACCGGGAGAAGACAGGAACAAUGGACCCAAUGAUGGCCAUGCUGCAGGGGAUGCUGAGUAGUGGCGGCUCUGGCCUGGCCCUCGACUCCCCGCGGAACACUCGAGAUGUUGCUUUGCUGGGAGACUGUGAUGAAGGCUGUGUCAAAUUAGCAGACAUGCUGGGCUGGAAGGAGGAUUAUGAGAAGCUCUUCACCUCUUCCAAGAAGGCUGAAGAGUAAGAUGGUGCUCGCCAUAGAACAAUUCAUCACACUGGCUGUAGAAAGUGAAAGAUUGGAGUGUUGAAACAUAUCUAAGUCAGCAUUGGUUCUUGAGUCUGACUUAGCCAGUGUCUAAAUUAAAACAGUGCAAAAUAUAUGAGUGUGGCAUUGCUUAGAUUUAAGACACAUAGUGUAUGCAUAAUGAGGCAUGGCAGACUUCCUUAUGCUCAGGGUAUUGGUUUGGGCAAUAUUGUUAGAUCUUUUAUUGCUUUGGUUAUUGUUAUGAUAUUAUGCAGUGUUUGUUACAUAAUAUUUUAGCUUUAUUGCAUGUCUCCCCAUCUUUCUCUCUCUUUCUUCAUGGAGGUAAUGGAGCAGAGGAACAUCAACACCAGCAGCCCUACCAACACCUAUCUGGCUCACUGUUUUCUUGCUGGCCACGCCCUCACUUGCUCUGGCCAGCCACUUUGGUAGGUUCUGGAAAACAUCUAUCGAAACAAAGUGUUCCUCUAGUGCCUUGGCAGUGUUUUGUCAGGCCUCUUCUGCUUAGCUCUCUGGCUUUCUUAGAGGUAGUCUGUCAAUCACAUGCUUUUGUGCUCCAGAUUUUGAUAUUAUUUGCCUUAGCUCAACUUUUAUACAAGAUAGACAUAUUUGGUUGACACCAUUAUGCUCAGCAGUAAUCAUAGAACUCAUAUAUAUUUGUUAAAGAUUAGUAAAAAAAAUAAUUAAAUUAUAUCAACUUUAAUUAAAAGAACAACUCCAAAAUGUGUAUACCACUCUUUUCAUAUCGCUAUUUAUAAGAAUUAUUGAAUCAGCAAUGAAAUGAAUCAUUACACCCUAUAAAGAUAAGUCCCUGAGAUGAUAAAGCCAGAGAUAUUCUUAAUAAUCUAUCAGAACAUGCCACGUGGGUAGUGUGUGCCUAGACGUGGGCACACCGGCCACUGCCAAUGUUUUGUGAGUUUGAGUGCUAUGACAUACAUUCAUGCUUUCAUGCUUUCCCCAGACAAACAAAUUUUAUCCUCAGUUCUCUUAUUCUUUGUUCCUCACAUGAUUUCUUUAAUGCUUCUUUAUGUAUGCUCUUUCCCCCAAAAAUCUUAACUGAUGACCUCUUUUCCUAACUCCUUUUAAACUGUCUUCCUAAAGGUUGGUCAUUCUGUUUCAUCUCUACUUAUUAUUUUCCUCCUAGAUUAUGGCUAUAUCAUCAGAAGGCCACUAUCUAUCCCUCUAUUCAAGUCUACUGAGUAUACAUCAGUAUGUGGAAAGGCUUCACUCACAGCUCUUCUAAAGUAUGGACUUACAGACUAUUGGCCUCAUCAUCUCUCUCUUAACUGUCUUCCAACUUUUUACAGUCUGCUACAAUUUAUUAUUUCUUGUUAUAUAUAGCCAUCUUUUAUUUGUCUUCAUCUUCAUUAAACUUUGACACCCCAACAUAUAUCAAUUGUUGGCUUGUGUUUAUACCUAAGUUGGAGCGUCAAAGUUUAACAUUCGUACAGUCCUGCCAGGGGUCGAUAUUUUCAGACGCUUCCACCUCUCUUGUCAACAAUUCUCAAAGGCCGAAAAAGAGUUUAAUCGGGUUUUCAUGAGUGUUUAUUCACGUUCAGGGUACAGAAGAAGGGUCGAACUACCACCAGGAAUAUAAAAGUACCUGCUGGAAAUAUCUAUAACCCCUGCGAAACCCUGUCAAAUGUGUGUUUAAGCGGCGAGGCAUUUGAGAAUAAUGGUCUUAGGGUUGUCCUCGUGAUGGCUUGGGGUCGUAUUAUAAAGCAUUUCGUCGCCCAAGCGCACAUAUUUGACAAGGCUUUCGUAGGAGCUGUGGGCAUUUCCAGGAUUAGUUUGAUGACCCUGGUGGUAGUGUGACCCUUCUUCUGUACCGUGAACCUGAAGAAACACUCAUUAGAACCCGACAGACCCCCUCUUUGACCUUUAAAAAUAGCUGAUAUGAGAAGCGAAAGAAUCUUUUGUUGUUUGCCCCGCCACUGUCAGCCUCGCAGCACGUGUGGGGGCGGGGCCAGCUGGCGGGGCGGGGCGGGGCUUGGGGUGCGUUGCCGGGGAAACCACGUCAAACAAUCCUCCUUCUUCUUCUUCUUUUGACCUGUUCCGCUUUGUAUCGCUUCUUUUUAGGUCCGUCUGGCGUGAAAUAGAAAGUACGCUUGUGAAUAAAGGAGGAGAGGUGUGCUGAAGCAUGUACUGUUGGCCUAUUUGAAGUGUAAAGUAAAUAUAUAACGAUGUAACUACGUA